AUGUGUCACGGUGGUGAGAGCACUCUUCAAGGCAGGACAUUUCACUGGUUAUGUGCAAUACUUACAUGCGGCACAGAUAUAAGUGGUCGGAACAUCGCUUUUAGCUGCAGUCAGCUCUCCAAAGCAGGUGAAAACGACCUUUUUACAGUUCUUGGAUCCCCGGAGAUCGAGCCACUGUCCCGACUUGAUGGCACGCCUCUUCCAGAUGGAUUUCCCACACAAUUAGUCAAAGCCGCAGAGUGGGUCGACUGGAUCGAUGAGGACGACGAAGAUAUCCGACUGCUUGAUUUUGGGGAGAGUUUCUUACGAGGGAAUGAGCCCCAGCACCUGGCCCAGCCGGGCUCGUUGCGUGUUCCUGAGACUAUUUUUACAGAUCUUUUUGAUUACCGCGUUGAUUUAUGGCGAGUGGGCUGUGCGAUCUAUUCAUUUCUAUUCGCGAGUACUCCAUUCUGGUAUCUUGGCGAGAUCGAGGUACUGGUUUUCCAAAUGAUCGGGUUCGUGGAGGAGCUGCCGGUCGAAUGGCAGAAUCGUGAACUGUCUGAGCUGGACCGAAGAUUCACCGAAAGGAUACAUGAACCUGUUCUUGCCCCUCUACUGGAGGUAAUACGAGGACUCAUGCGGUUCCUCCCAUCCAGUCGUAUUAGUGCAAGCGAGGCCCUGGAUAUAUUAGAGGUAUCCCAAAGGGGAAACGGAUGUAAACACGAGCAUGACUCAUCCUUCAGCCGACUGCCGCUAUCACGACAUAUCACGACUGAACAACCCCUCUCGGCAAGAAACACACAUUUUCCAGCUCUCUCAACCAUGGCGCUACCUUCUGAACCUCGGAUCUGGACUAAGGGCGAGUUCACUGUGUCAACGGACAGGAGCCUUCUCUCGGUGGACAGCAUCAAUGCCGCCUUCGCCCAGGACUUUAUGUAUUGGACCCAACCAUUUCCUGACGAUAUUCUGCGCCAGAUUCUCGAUCAAUCAUUUUGCUUUGGCGUGUACAAACCAAACCCCACGUCUGACAACCUCCAACAGAUUGGGUUUGCGCGCCUGGUGACCGACACGAUUACGUUUGCUUACCUCACGGAUGUGUACAUCCUCCCGGAAUAUCAAGGCCUGGGCUUGGGAGGGUGGCUAUUGGACUGUGUGGAUGAGCUGAUCCGUCCGUUGCCACAUUUGCGGUGGUCCAUGCUUCGUACGUCGUCAGAGAAGAGCAAGCAGUCUUAUGAAAAGCGGAUGGAUAUGGUUGUCUUGGAUUGUGGAAACACGCAGGAGGGAGCCAUCAUGAUGGGAAGGAAAGGCAAGGCAAACAUGGCCUAA